AUGGCCACUGACUUAGAAACGGCUCGCGUACAGGUCCUUCAGACUCUCCCGCUCCCGCUGGUGGUGAGGCCUCCAUCUCCACCUCCUCCGGCAUUGUCCUCCAUCCCCCCCCCACCGCCACCACCUCGAGUUGCGGCUGCUCCACCUACGCUCGCGGUUCCGGCUCCGGCGUUGACCAGGGAGGAGUCCCGUCGCGUCUCCGUGGAGGAGACGCCAUCUGGGGAGGCCACCCUGGCACCAGCGCCGGCGAAGAGGAAGAGGAAGGAGAGGAAAGUGGAGCAGCCCGCAACACCCACUCCUGCUUCGGCUGAGUCCCGGUUGCCUGAGAGCUGGCGGACAGCUCUCACCGUGGAAGAGCAGGAGUGGAUCGGCCGGGAGCUGUUUAGGAAAGACAGCGAGGGGAGGAGCAAACUCACCACAGACCUCAAGCUGUGGUGGGACCCCCCUCAGCCCCGGCCGAGUUACACUCAGCCACCCGCCUCGCCAGCUGCCUUCUUCGCGUGUCGGCUGUUCCUCUGGACCCCCCUGCGUCUGUGGGGCGUCCGGCCGACAUGCUGUAAUAGGGCCCUCACCAAGUGUGGGCUCUACAGGACCAUCCGGAGGGUCCUGGACAUCGACGGCUGGUACUUGAUGGCCACCGAGUACCUGGAGUGCCGUCGGUGUAAGAGGAAGGUAGCUGCCUGGUCGCAGGAGGUCGUGAGUCAGCUGGGAGAGGGGCAUCGCGCCCUCUUCCCGGCAAUCCUCACCUACAAGCUUGCCUGCGACCGGCGGGUCAUCAUCCAGCUGCGUGAGCGUACUCGGGGGAACAGCGCCACGCAGCUGUACAAAAAACUCUGUGAGGCACACACAGAGGCCUGGAUGCGGCGGUCCAUACACUACCUCAGCGUCAUGGAGCCCUUCACGUCGCGGGGUGUCGUGCGCAUGUGCACCCCACCACCAAAACCGCCACCCGUGCCCCAGUACGCGUGGCUGUUAAUGGUGUACUGCCACGACAUCCUCUCCCGCCUGGAGGACGUGAAGGCCCGGGUCACCUCCGUCUUCGGAACGGUCCUGAAGAUGGAUUCGACCAAGAAGGUGACCCGGAAGCUCUCCGGUGCUGCCGCCCAGACCGCAGCGUGGGCAACGAACGUCGGCAACGAGCACGGACAGGUGCUCAUGUCCGUGCUCACGGACGCCGAGGGUGCCGGCCUGUUGCCCAUGGCUGCGGGGUUAAUGCGGCGGUAUCGGGACGCUGGGGUGGAGCCGCCUCAGCUCCUCUACGUUGACCGGGACUGUUGUUCGUCCCACGGGGGAUCCAAGACAGCUGACAUGUUCAGGAAGUGGGACAAGCUGGUGGUCCGGCUGGACAUCUGGCACCUGAUGCGGCGGUUCGCGUCAGGUGUCACCACCGAGAGCCACCAGCUGUAUAAACCCUUCCUGCAGCAGCUGUCUUCGUGCAUCUUCCUGUGGGACCCAGAGGACACAGCCCGGUUGCUCAACGCCAAGAAGAGGAUGCUUGAGGCGCAGGGGAUGACCUUCUCGUCCGACGCCGGAGUGUGGAGGCACGUCAGCCGCAAGAAUAUGGCUCUCCAUUGCCGUCGCCGCACGCGUGGAGCGGCGGAGACGGAGCGGCUGAUCGGUGACCUCCUGGAAACCUUCGGCGGUGCCAACGGACGAGACACCAUGGGGAUUUCCCUGCUGGACCAAGACCGCAUCCAGAAGAUCUGGACGGAGCAGCGGCGCCACCUCCAUUGCAUCCAGGACCCGCCGGGCGUGGAGCUGUACACUGAGACCGGCAGGGUGACCCAGGGGGGGAUCAGCCUGCCGGUGUACCGUUGUGCACGAGGCUCCACGUCCCUGGAGUCGUUCCACCUGCAUCUCAACCGCUUCAUUCCAGGAGAAAGUGCCAAUCCCUGGCACUUCCAGGCAUUUCUCCUGGAGGGGUUGACGCGGUGGAACGCGGACAGGGCGGCGUCCGUGGCACAGGAGGGACGGCAGCUGCUCCGCUCCUACAAUGGCCCCCUGCAGCACUCCCUUGACCAGCUCAGCCAAAGGGUGCUUGGCACGAGUGUGGUCAAGGAUUACACCAAGCCCAGGGAGUACACCGGGGAACUCAUCGGCAUCGAGUACCUGUACUCCCAGACGGGCAGAGUGCUGCAGGACGUCAGCUUGGACCCUGACAUUCCGGACGCGGGGGGGGACGUUCCCCAACUCGUUGAGGAUGACGAGCUCGCCGACGGCCAGCAGGAGGUGGAGGACCUCACCCUCCACGUGCCUGGCGAGUUCCCCUCUCCUCAGACGGACCCGCGGUCAGGGCGACCGGCUGACGCACCCGCGCCCGAGCCAUCCAGUCCGACCGGUGCCCCCGAACCCGCACCCCACUCCCCCGGCCGGUCCUCUCCAGAGCCUCAGCAGGCUGCUGAGGACUACAGAGGACCAGAUGACCAGCCGGGGUACCUGGCCGUGGUCCAGUUGGCCACGGCCUUGGUGGGGUUGCGUCACGAACCGGCCUUGUCCGAGGGGAGGGUAGAUGAGCUCAUCAGGCUCUACGAGGCCCUGUCACCGUACGACAGGGCCCGAGUAGUUUACCCUCCCCGCUACAGGGACAGGCCAGCUCAGGGGCGCUUCAUGGCAGCCAAGCCGCGGUAA